GUUGACACCGGCGGCGACCUGCCUGCAGCUUGACCUGGGGUCUGGAUUGUGUAGGGGACUUUGGCGUGUUGUUUUUUUAGAUUGAACUAGUGAAGAGCAUUUAACGCUUGCUGUUGAUCUUUUGGACGACUGCGUGUGUUUUCUUGCAGAAGUGCUGGCAGCUCUCUGGCCCAGAAGCAGCUGAAGCGUCGAGGACAGAUGAACAAGAUGUAUGGGACGUGUUUCCGUGCGCUUCGGAAAGCCCCGGGGCUGAAGCCUGUGAAGCUGCAGCAGAGGGCCUUCACCGUCACUGCGGUGCAACGCCAGCAGUCGUUCGACUCGUCGCUGGACAAGCCGCAGUUCCCUGGAGCCUCAGCCGAGUUUGUGGAUCACCUCGAGUUCAUCCAGCCCAAUGUCAUCUCGGGGAUCCCGGUGUACCGGGUGAUGGACAGGCAGGGCCAGAUCAUCAACCCCUCUGAAGACCCUCAGCUCCCCAAAGAGACGGUUUUAAACUUUUAUCAGAAGAUGACCAUGCUGAACACAAUGGAUCGGAUUCUGUAUGAAUCUCAGAGACAGGGUCGGAUCUCCUUCUACAUGACCAACUACGGUGAAGAGGGGACACACAUCGGCAGCGCUGCCGCCCUCGACCCAAACGACCUUGUCUUUGGUCAAUACAGAGAAGCCGGAGUGCUGAUGUACCGCGGUUUUCCGCUGGAUUUGUUCAUGGCUCAGUGUUACGCCAAUGCCGAUGACCUUGGCAAGGGCCGGCAGAUGCCCGUGCACUACGGCUGCAAAGACCUCAACUUUGUCACCAUCUCCUCUCCUCUGGCCACGCAGAUUCCCCAGGCGGCCGGGGCAGCGUACGCAAUUAAGAGAGAGAAUAUGAACCGUGCUGUUAUCUGCUAUUUUGGAGAGGGAGCGGCUAGCGAAGGUGAUGCUCAUGCCGGCUUCAACUUCUCCGCCACACUUGAGUGCCCACUGAUCUUCUUCUGCCGUAAUAAUGGUUACGCCAUCUCCACCCCUACUAACGAGCAGUACAGAGGAGACGGCAUUGCUGCUCGUGGUCCAGGCUACGGCAUGAUGUCGAUCCGCGUCGAUGGCAAUGAUGUGUUCGCUGUGUACAAUGCAACAAAAGAAGCACGCCGCAGAGCUGUGGCAGAGAACCAGCCCUUCCUCAUCGAGGCAAUGACCUACAGAAUUGGCCACCACAGCACCAGUGACGACAGCUCGGCUUACCGCUCGGUGGACGAGGUGAACUACUGGGACAAGCAGGACCAUCCCAUCUCCAGGCUGAGGCACUACAUGACGGCCCGCGGCUGGUGGAGCGAGGACGACGAGAGGAGCUGGAGGAAGCAGUCCCGCAAAACGGUCAUGGAGGCGUUCGAGAGGGCCGAGCGGCGCCAGAAACCCAAGCCCGAUCUGCUCUUCACCGACGUGUACCUGGAGAUGACACCCAACCUCAGCAAGCAGAGAGAAUCCAUGUGGAAGCAUGUGCAACAGUACAAGGAGCACUACCCCCUCGACCUGUACGAUAAAUAACUUCACGGUCAGGGUGGAACAGGCUGCACAGGCGUGGGAGUGGGUGAGAGUGUUGGGAUUCGGAUAGACUGUUGCAGGACUUUUACUGUAUGCAUAGAAUCAUAGUUUUGACAUGACGACACUCUUCCUUUCUGCAUUGUAGGAGAGGGCUGGGUGAUGGUCUACUAAACAUUGUACCACAGGCCACUGGGUUUUGUGCCUUAAGGGAGUAACAGUGAAACUGUUUGUGCUUGGCAGUUGGUGAUUACAUUUAUAUUUUCCUGUAAUAAUGGGAAAUGCAGCAGGUACAGUUUUAAUGCAUAUGCACAACAAAUGUUCAACGUAAGCAAUAAAUACCGGAUUCAAACAUGUACCAUUUUUGUGUUAUGUUCCUCUCCUUGGACUAAGAUCCAAUUAGGUGAUUCACUACAUUAACUGUUCUGUUCAGUGGUUAUGGUAUUUAACAUUUUCCUUUGUGUAUGAAGAAUUCACCCCUUUUAAAGGUUUGAUGUGUACCCACCUACAUUUUAGAUGGAUUCAUAUGCUGGUACAAUAGUGAAACUGUUACAUUAAAUGUUUAAAAGUCACUGUACAACCAUCCUGUGAACUACAUUUCUACAUUGGUGUUGUGUGGAAAAACAAAAUGAAACUUAUGCUGGUGUCUGAAAGACAAAUAAAGACAAAAACACUUCGCAUUUU